AUGUCUGGCUUUGGCGACUUCACUUCGAUCUGUGAGACGGCACCUCUGCCACUAUGCGCUUCCGUUGGACCUACACUCCAAGCCACCGGCCGAACCGGUAUUGAGCCAGAAUGCUAUGCACGCAAUAUCGAACUUGCCAACACCAUCAUUUUCGAAGGCGCUGCGUCGGUGAUGCACAUUGUUGCGCUCAUUAUGACCGUCAUUAUGAUUCUACACGUCCGUAGCAAGUUCACCGCUGUUGGUCGCAAGGAGAUUCUCAGCUUCUUCUACCUCUACAUGCUUCUCACUGCCAUGUCUCUCAUUAUCGACGCUGGUGUUGCACCUCCGGGAAGCGAUCCGUAUCCGUACUUUGUCAGUGUGCAGAAUGGGCUUAGCAGUGCAGUUAUCACAUGUCUCCUGAUCAAUGGCUUUGUUGGAUUCCAAUUGUAUGAAGAUGGAACACCCCUGUCAGUGUGGAUGAUGCGCAUCAGUUCCCUGGCUGCUUUCGCCAUCAGCUUCCUCGUUUCUCUCGCGACUUUCAAGAGCUGGGCUGGACUUGGACCUACCAACACUGUUGGACUGUUCGUCGUUCUCUAUCUCCUGAAUGCUGUGCAGCUUUUCGUGUACGUGGCCAUGCAAAUUCUGCUCGUGACUAGGACACUGCAGGAUCGAUGGCCUCUCGGCGAUAUUGCGUUUGGCAUCUUCUUUUUUGUGGCUGGCCAGGUCCUUCUCUACGCCUUCAGCUCAAAGAUCUGUGUCGCUAUCAGCCAUUAUCUUGACGGCCUGUUCCUUGCGACAGUUUGUAAUUUGCUGGGCGUAAUGAUGGUAUACAAGUACUGGGAUUCGAUCACCAAGGAAGAUCUUGAAUUCUCGGUUGGCACAAGGAUGAACAACUGGGAGGUCAAGGAGCUUCUGCCAGAGGAAGAUCGAAGGGCGACUGUCUUUUCGGAGGAUCCCUAUGCUCAGUCCAGCUCCUAUGAUCUGCCUUACUCGCCAGGCGCGGCACGAUACUCGGCCAAGUACUAG